AUGGACAUCGCCAAAGGAGAAGACCCCAACACAGACGCUGCGACUGACAAGCCUGUCAUCUGGGAGCAAUGGGGCGGCAUGGUUCAGCGCGGCGACCAGAAAUCCCUCGUCUUGUUCAAGCUGGACCCAGCGAAGACAAAGAGGCGGGCGCCAGGCCCAGGCCCGAUCCGCAAGCGCGAUUGGAAGCCUCUGGCCUACAAGUGGGUCCACAAGCGCAACAUCAUACUGCACACGGACGGGGCCAGGAGUUAUAAGCUGAAGCUCGAAGGGGUCAAGCAUGAUUGGGUUGUCCACGCCAAGAAGCGCGUCAUGGUCACGGGUAAGUGGAUCACCCACCACGAUGUUCCAGAUGACAGCAAGCCCAACAAGACCAAGCGCGUUUGGGUUAAAGCUGGCACCCAGAUCAUCGACCGCAUCUGGGGCGAGCUGCGGAAACACUUAGGGAAUAAGAAGACAGUGAACACCAAGGCGCUGACCAACAAGAUCCGCUCCUACCAGUGGUUGUACUGGCACAGGGGCGAGGAUUUGUGGCUGGCAACAGGGAAGAUGCUGGAGGAGGCCUUCCUCAAGGAGCACUGCCAGUGA